GCCCCGAAAAGCUCUCGUACACGGUUCGCGGUCGUGUCAGUGCCAAAAUUCCACAAAAGUCGUCUUCUGCGACAGACGAGUGCCAAACCGGACGAUGGCCAAGACUGCUCCGACAGAAGGCGUAUGUGUCUCGUCAUAAAAAUCGCCUCGGAAGCUCCUCGACGGCUUGCAGACUGCCUCGCUAUUUCAGUGCGGGGGUGUGAUGUGGUUGACUGGAGGGGGGUGCGCGGGGGGCAGCUAGCGGCGUGGGAGCCCCCCGGCCCCAGCAUGACGCGCGCUAGAGAAUGAAGAAGCAAAACGUUCGCACGCUAUCUCUUAUCGUUUGCACCUUCACGUACCUGCUGAUCGGCGCCGCCGUCUUCGAUGCUCUUGAAUCUAAAACCGAAAAUCAACGUAAAGUCGUCCUACAAGAAAUCCAAGCAAUAGUUAGAAGAAAAUACAACAUAAGCGACGAAGAUUUUAGGAUAAUGGAAACAGUCGUCCUGAAAUCUGAGCCGCACAGAGCCGGCCAACAAUGGAAAUUCACUGGAGCCUUCUACUACGCGACUACAGUAUUAACGACGAUAGGUUACGGCCACUCCACCCCCAGCACCAUCGCGGGGAAGCUGUUCACCAUGUGCUACGCUAUGAUAGGAAUACCCCUAGGUCUCGUCAUGUUCCAGAGCAUAGGCGAGAGGGUCAACAGGUUAAGCAGUGUCAUAAUUCGGUCCGUGAAGUCUUCCUUGCACUGCCGGCAAACCGCAGCAUCAGAACUGGACCUCAUCUGCGUAGUGACGACGCUGAGUUCGUUGACCAUAGCUGGUGGUGCUGCCGCCUUCUCGCGUUACGAAGGCUGGAGCUAUUUCGACUCCGUUUAUUAUUGCUUCAUCACACUCACUACUAUAGGAUUCGGUGACAUGGUAGCACUUCAGAAAGACAAUGCUCUCAGUAAAAAACCGGAGUACGUCAUGUUUGCGCUCAUCUUCAUCCUGUUUGGCUUGGCCAUUGUAGCGGCUUCAUUGAACUUGCUCGUUCUUCGCUUCGUCACGAUGAACACGGAAGAUGAGAGGAGGGACGAGGCGCAAGCUAUGCAGGCUCUGGCCGGGGCUGUGAGACUCGAGGGCGACGUCAUCACGGCCAAUGGCUCGAUUUUGAGCGGCCAAAUGGGCCAUCAUUGUACAGAAACCACUUCCCUAGACGCUGAUGAUACCUCCGUGUGUUCUUGUCAUUGUGGCUGUUUUACUUCUAAUAGUAGGCACAGGUUCACAGUACGAAGGUCACCCACGCAAAUCCGGCAUUUGCUUCCUGUUCUGCCGAUGCACGAGCUUCAUCUUCCCCAAGGGCCAAUAUUGCCCCCACCGGCGAUAUACCCCAACCAUAGGGCUUCGAUAUGAUUUCCUGGGGCAUAAGCCUACAUGUUCAAUGUGAUACGUAAAAACUAGAUAAAAAGUAAUCAAUUCGAACGAAACGUUAGUGGUUUUUAAUCAUCGAUUGUGUGAAAGGAUGAGAAAUCGUCUCAUUUUAUGAAACAAUAAACGUAAAACCGCACUAACUGAAACGUCUUAUGAAAAAGUAUGAAAGCACAAAUCGAUAUUUUCCAUUCUUAACGAUAAGUUCUCUAGUCUUAUGGGUUUUCCGCUUGAGGGUUUUAUACUUGCGUUCUGCAUUCUAGAGUCGAUCGUUUGUAUAAAAAUUCGAUGUAAUUUUGGUGUUCAUUUCUGAUUUGUCACAUCAGAUGCGUUGUCUUCUUUCCGAGUAAUCCUCGAUUUGGAGUAUUUAUAGUAGAUUACCUUAACGAUAGGUAUACAAAGUAUUAUACGGGUUGGAAAGUUACCCACUGAAAUUUGGGAUCAAAGUAAAAUAAUACCUAGUUGCCAAAUUUUAUCAUGUUUCUGCGGCACUUUUGAAAACGCAGAGCGUCUAAAUUUGUUACGUAGAUUUUAUAUCAAUUCGCAGAUCUGUCAUUAUGUGACGAAGAUUUGCAUCUCUGCAAAGACGCAGAAAACUUGAAAUGUAUCUGAUGUCGUCCAACUUUCUGUAGUGAACUCAAUCGAUAAGAAAAGAAUCUUAAUGAAAAAAGUUUUCAAAAGCGUUUGCAGAAAGUGAAUGUUCUUCCGUUUCCUUAAAAAACUCACCAUGCUUUAAAAAGAUGCCAAUAUAAAACCGAAAUUAGUAAGUGGUGCUUCCUGAAACAAUGCUUUUUACCACACUGAGCUUAAGGGCCUCUAAAAAACCCUUAAUAAAUGUGAAAAAAUCUGCUCAUCUGCAUAACCAACCGUUAUUGACCACGAAAAUAACUGCAGAACUUUGCUUAUAUACAAUAUUUCCGUGAAAAUUGAGCAGAUUUUGAAAGUGCAUUGUAAAUAACCAGACUGCAUUGUACAUAAUCCAAGUACUGAUUUAGUCAUUUUUUGAAACAAUAUAAUUUUAAAUUGUACGUAGAUUUUUGAUAAAAGUUGUUUUAAAGAAAGAACAUGUCUAAUCGAUACAUUUUCAAGAUGGUUAUGAAUUUAGGCCUAAACAUUAAAAUAACAAUAUAAUUAGAUUUUACACUUUUACCAGAAUACGAAUAACGUAGUCUAUAGUACAAGUCUAAAUUUUAAUCAGACACAUGUAAAUUAUAUCGCGUUCUAAAGAAUUGUUCUUUCUGUUAAAACUUAUGUAAGUAAUGUAUAAUUUUUCAGUCAUAGUAUGUAAUUAUAAAAAAAUGUGUCAACCAUUUGAAAUGUUACCUAUUAAUUAAGCUUUUUAUUGAAAAUUGUAACUGCUGAAUGGUUUAGAUAGGUUAAAACUGUAAAUACUAC